AUGGAGUGCCAGAGAUGUCCUGCAUCAAGCAGAGAGUUGGCGACUGUUGAGUCUAGGAAGGAAAGGUUUUGCAAUGAAUGCUUUGUCAAGUUCGUGAACACUAAACAACGAAAGCAAAUGAUGAAAGAUGAUUUUUUCAGAAAUCUGUUCAAAGUUAUAUAUCCACAUGAUAAAGAAGGAUCAGUGGCUAAAAUUCUGCUUCCCCUGUCACUUUCAGACUCAGGGUCAUUGGUUAUGUUUGAUAUUGUUCAUGACUUACUAUUGGAACAAAUGAAGCAGCAUAAUAAUCAUACGGGCUUCACCAUCGAUAUACUUACUAUAUUUUCCGAAGAAAGCCUUUCUGUUAUUAAAGAACGUAUGGAAUGUUUGGUAAAUGAAAAAAUGUUACAACUGAAUAAAGUAAAAAAUAUAUUUAAUGUUCAUUUCAUUGACAUUAAUGAAUUCUUCAAUAGCACGUCGGAAUUAUCGAAUCUGAUCAUUGACGAUGAAAAUUUUGAGAUUUUCAGUAAGUUGAAGUUAGUAAAUGAUAGUGAUAGAUUGACAUUGAGGGAAAUAUUGAGUAAAUACUGUCUGAACAAUUCAUCUAGAGCUGACUUAAUAUCGAUUAUAAAAAAUCAAUUGAUCAAGCAUUUCGCAUACGAAAAUGGUAACGAUGCUAUAAUGUGGGGUCACUCUAUGACAAAAUUAUCUGAGGUGAUCAUUUCUCUUGUGGUAAAAGGUAAAGGUUCCCAGAUAGCAACCUUUCUGGACUCUGAUUCAUUUGAUACGUUGGGUAACAAAGCAUGCAAGUAUAAAAAUAUAUAUCCAAUGAAAGAUCUAUUAUCCAUUGAAAUUGAAAGCUUCUUACAAAUUAAGGAUUUGGCAAAAUUCCUUAUUAACGUUGAAGAAACUAACAUCAAACCUAACUGCAUGAUUACUAAGAAAUCAACACCAUCCCUUGGUCAACAAAAAUUAGUUAAAAAUAUGACAAUUAACGAAAUUACUACCAAAUACUUUCAAGAUAUACAAAACGAUUACUCGAAUAUAAUAUCAACCGUUUUAAGAACAGCAGAUAAAUUGGCACAACCUGUAUCAAAUAUAGCUAAGCCGUCACAAUGUCAACUAUGUCAAUCUAGAAUAUAUACAAAUCCAUCUAAUUGGAUAAACAGGAUUACAGUUACUUCGCCUUAUCCCAUAGAGACAUGCGAGGAGGAAUUUUUAUUCAAACAAUGGCAGGAGUCGAGAUUAGGAAAAUCUCACACUCAUUACGUGGAAUUGCUAGAUAAAAUUAAGAAGGAUCCCACCAAUAAUCACGAUGCUAGUGACAAUGAUGUCAAAUUGUGCUAUGGUUGCUUAAUUUUACUGAAUACCAGCAUCAAGGAUAAAAAUCUGAUGUGGCCAAAAAUUGAUACCAUGGAAAGUUUGGUAAACAAGAGUAAUGACAACAAAGAAUUGAAUCAAAUAUUGAAUCAAUUUGAGAUACAUUCCGAUGGAGAGGAAUAA